AAGGAAAAUCAGGUGGAUGAGGUGAGCUAACCAAGAAAGAAAGAAAGCAAGCUGUCGGAGAGGUUAGGAACAAUGGUGGUUCUGUCUCCCUCUCUUCUUUCCCUCCCAACGCUCCAUUUCCUCAGGUAUGACCCAGGCAGUAGAAUGCUAAGUCAUAAGAAUAGUAAUUACAGUAGAAGAUUGCAUGAGAAAAUCACAGUUUGUUAUAGUCUUCCUUCAAAACCCACAUCCCAAGACGUGUUAUGGAGAAGGGAUUUGCUGCUUUUUGCUCUUUCUUCUUCACUUUGUACACGUCUUCCAUCUUCAGGGUGUCUUGCUGAGGAAGAUGUAAAAAUGGCUUCAAUCGUUGAUGAAAUAAAUGCUUAUACCUAUUCAUAUCCAGUGGAGUUGCCAUAUAAGAAAUUCCUCUUCAAAUGGGUGGAAUCUAGAAAGCCUGAACGCUAUUCAUCCGCUGCACCACUGUCUCCUGAUGCACGCCUGCGCAUUGUGUCUGAACGUGUUGACAUAGCUGAUAAUCUCAUCAUUUCUGUUUCGAUAGGUCCCCCAAAUAUUCAGUUCUUAAAGUCAAAGGAUAAGAAGACCUGGGCAGCAAAAGAUGUUGCUGAUUCUGUAUUGUCUGACAAGUCUGCGCUGCGUGUCACCUCAAGUCAGCGCAUGAGCGAGAGUUCAGUUCUUGAUGCGCAUGCUAGUGAAAUUGAUGGUGAGCAAUAUUGGUACUAUGAAUACCUUGUUCGCAAAUCACCGACCAAAUCCGCUCAAGAACCAAACCUUUACCGACAUUAUGUUGCUUCAACAGCUGAACGGGAAGGUUAUCUGUACUCUCUAAGUGCUUCAACUCUUAGCCAGCAGUGGACUAAGAUGGGCCCCUUAUUGGAACAGACUGUUGCAUCCUUUCACCUUCUUCCACCCACAGACAAUUAUGUUCCUCCAUACAAGGAUCCAUGGAGAUUUUGGUGACAACCUCCCUCCCACCCUCUCUCCUUCCCCUCUCUUUAUUUUUAUUUGUCUUGUUGGGGUGGUCAUUGUUUUUCCCCCUCCACGGAAUUGAUUUCAAGUGUAAAGUUUUAACAAUUUCAAAACUCUGUUAUCAUGUGAUUCUUUUCUUUUUAUUGCCAUCCACUUUGACAAAUUGAAUGAAGCAUGAUGAAAUAAGACUUGAUAUUUUUCAUA